CCAAGUUUUACUUGAUCCCUGCUGUAGCAAGAAACUAUUUGAAAAUCCCAUCAUAAAAUCUGAUGCCCUCCAGUAGUCAAAAUCUAAUGAACCCAUUAUUCACUAUUCUUCACAACAAUUUAUCUGUACAUUCACAGACAAACUUUUCUUUCACAAACCUGCACAAGGUUUUAGCAGUUAGUCUGUAGCUGUGCCAAGUGCUUAGGACAACAUGACCCAGCUGCCUGUUGGUGCUGUGAUUUGGAUGAAUAAGGAACACUACAUUCCUGUGAGACACAGGGUGGAGAACAGGGUCUUCACUGAUAAGCAGGGUGUAAGGUGGAGGAAGGAGAUCCAGGAGGCAACUUUGCGCAAUCAUACUUUGCAGAGAGAAGAGACCAUGAGACACACAGCAACAUAUUUGGAACCAAGGCCACCUGUGCAAGUAGCUGAAGGGAGAUUGAAAUGUGGGCCUUGUGACAGGCUGGUGAUUGUUGUGGAGAAACUCUAUCACACUGAGGGCAUCAGACAUCUCAUCAGGAUGAAAAAUCUGGACACUGGAGAGGAAAAGUUUUUCAGGAGGAAUCAAUUCACUGAUGAUGAAAUGGUGAAGGAGUUGAUACAUGGUGCCAAGCAGGCCAUUGGAGAGACAAUUGGUCACACAAGUUUACCAGACACCAUGGGCCACUUUGAGCAUGUACUCAACCAUCUCCCAGUGGAUGAAGAGGACAAAAUGGCAGCCAGGAAGAUUUUAACAGGAAAAGCUCAAACACUUCCAGCUGAAAAGCCUGCUGAUGAACCCAGUGCUCCACUAAACAUUCCCAUCACCAGGAAGGCUCCUGAAAGUCCUUACAUCAAAACUCUCAUCCCCAGCUUGAAACCCCUGAGAUCUGCUGAAGCUGAAGAAACAAAACCCUUGAUAUCCCCAAAGGCUUUCAGGACAGACCACUGGAAGAAGGAACUUAUGCCUACCACUGAUCAAAUCUUGAGAAAGCUGGAGAAACUCAGCCCCAGGCAACCCCAAAGAAAACUUUCAAAAAUUAGACCAGGAAAUUCAGGAUGUUCUCAAAAUGCUGCUGUUCUUGCUUGAAUGCCCACUCAAUAAAUAGUGUCCAUACUUGAACCCCUUGAAAGUCCCCCACA